CGCUCGGCGGCUUGUGGUCGAUCUGACCGCCAAAAUCAUUCCCCUCCCAGCCCUUGAUUGAUGCUACGACUCUCUGCUCCCUACGACCUGUAAGACUGGUCUGGUCUGCUAUCACCAUGUCCACCAACCGCCCAUUCUUGGCCAACUUUUUGGCGGCGUUUCGCGCCCAGUCAACAUAUAAGGCCUCGGCUGCUGGUUCUCAGGCGGCCACUGGCACCCCCUCGUCUCUCUCGUCGACUCAGAUAUCCCAAAGUGCCCGGGCCAUAGCCACAAAGGCAAGCAACUCCGGGGCAUCCUCGGAGAGUGCCUCUACGACCCAUUAUCAUCACCACCAUGCUUCCUCUGCGGCAACUGCGUCCCACUCCAGACCCCACUCCCAUACCAGAUCGCCAUUGAAUCAAUCAUCUGCCACCGGGGACUCCCAGGUGUCCUCAUCUUCGGCUACCCCGCCAGCCCCUUCGUCUCCGCCUACCCCGGCUUCAUCCAAUCCGAUUCCGAUCGCCAAUGGGCCGGACCGCCAACGACGCGGGAGCGACAGCUCCAACGGAUCGGGCGGAUUCCGAGACGCCCUCGGGCCAGAGAAAUGGUAUAUCGGUGGGAGAACGCCUGGCGGAGAGGAGCGUUUCUAUCGAUUAGGGAUGGUGACGAAGGGCGGAGGCCGAUUAGGUGGGAGCGGUAGAGUGGGAAGUAUCGACCAGUUGAGCCUGUGAUUUUCCUCUAUAUAUACCUUGGAACGACGUCUACGGUCUUAAAAUGUUUUCUUGGAGUUUCGGCUGGCGCAUGCACGGCGUUUGGUUCUUGGACGGAUUGGACGCUGAAAACCUUUUGCUGGCCCUUUUUCUUUCCUUUUCUUCUCGCGGGUUUGGACACUAGUCCGAUAUAUCCUGGACUAACCUGUACAUGAAUCAUGUUACACUUUGUGAGGGGAUGUUUGGAUUAGCAGAUAACGAUCAAGUAUGGUGUGUGAUAUUAUACGAUAAAAUGUUGUGUCUUAGAGAGAAUGUGGAUGAUGUACAGAAUUCAACUUUUUUUGGGGAGAGGAGAUGU